GUAAGAAUAAGAGAAAAAAAGGAGAAGACGAAGAAGAAAAAGAAGAAGAAGAAGGGACCGAAUCUUUCGCAGCCACAACUUUGUAGACUUUCGACUGGGAAAGGAAGAUCCUCUAUUUCGUAUACCGUAUUUCACUUUGUAACUAUAUUUUCUUUUGUUAGUAAUUAAAUGCUUUUUUAUUUUUAAACUCGAUCGAGUUGUGGUGACGCGCGGAGGAGAGAAGAGCCACAGCAGCGACCCGCUGCGACACAGCGGGAGGUAUGAAGCUGCUUCCUGCUCAUCCGGAGCUGUGGGCCUGCCUGCUGGUUCUGUGUGUCUCACAACCUGGUGAGACGGAAGCCGGGGAUCCAGAUGUCUGUGAUAUGGAAAGCAGGGAUCCGGGAAACAUUGAACCAAAGUUUUCUUCGGGGAAGGAAAAUGUCGAGAUGGCUGAAGUGAACGAUAACUUUCGCUGCCUGUUUCACCCAACAAAUGUACUCAACUGCUCGUGGUCAUUCCACACUUUACACGAGGACGCUCAGCUCUUUGUCCAUAUCAGAAUCUGCGACGGCGAUGGCGAGGUUAACCAUACGAACCUUUCGUCUGAGGAGAGAGUCGGAUCCUUGUCUUUCACUCUGCACCACAAUGUGAUGUUGUACGUGAUCCUCCACUUUAACAUAACCCUGCAUGGCAAUUGGACGGUCUACACCACAGAAUACAGCAUGGACUUUCUUGAGGUUCUGCCGCCACCCCAAAAUAUCACCGCCUCGUUUAGAGAUGGAAGCCUGUUGGUGACGUGGGAUCUGCCCCAACGUCGCACAGUCUGUAAUGACGACUGCCUUCAAUACCAGCUGGACCUGGGGGACCAGGAAAGUCCCAAAUUGGUGCACGGGACGCUGUCCUACACAGAGACCAAUGCAGACCCCACCUACAACUACAGCGUGACGCUGAGGACAAGGAAGACCAUCGACUGCCAAGAAUCGUCCCACUGGAGCGUCUGGAGCGACCCCAUAAAGGUGGAACCGUUGGUUUACAGACUCAACACGCUGGUGAUCUUCUCGAUUUCGCUCGGAAUACCCAUGAUCCUCCUGGCCGGGCUGCUGCUGCUACGCCAUCAGAGGGUGUGUAGCGUCCUGUUCCCUCCGAUCCCUCGCCCCCCGCUGAAAUACAAGGGUAUCCUGGAGAAGGGGGACACGUUCAACCUCUGGCACCCUGCGGCGCCGGCUGAGCCGGAGAUCACUAAGGUGUUGGAGACGGAGCAGAAGCCUGAAAAGACAUAAGUCCAACUGUCUGAGGAAAAGGUUUCACUGUGAAGAGUGUCCUCCGUCCGUUCAGCGAUAAGCAGAAGUCUGCACAGAUGUUUAGUCGUCGUCUUGUGGACUUUUUAAUAUAUCGUUAAUUUAAACAAGUGGAACAUUAUUCAGUGAUGAGUCUUCUGGCUGAACUGGCUUGUUAGCUGGUAUUGAAGCAUGGAUUUAUUGUGCUUAUAUUAAAUGUGUGUAAUAAAGUUAAAUA